AAUUUUCAAAAUAUCUGUUUCCGGACGGUGCUCGCGGGAGAAGUCAUUAGUUUCCCUGCAUCACUUUGAACUAUCCGAGCCUCACUCCGGCGACGCUCCUUCCUACUCCCCAUCACUCCGAUCGUCGCUCCUCCUCCUCCUCCUCCUCCUCCUCCUCCUCCUCCUUGUCAUUCUCUGGCUCUUCAUUCCGGCCAGCCCUCCGACGCCGCUCUUUCCCUCCCUCACUCUCAGCUCCUUUGUCUGGGUAGGGCGACGCCGCUGCUCUGCACGCCAGCCUCAAAGCUUCUCUUUUGCUUGCAAGCUCCACUCUCCCUUUUUUCCUUCCUUGUGCUCUUCUUCCUCAGCUGCUUGCAUCAGCUCUAACUGCCACCAUGACCAGCUCAAUUGAUCAGCAGUGGCGCUAGUGCUGCAGUUUCAGCUCAUUUCAACACAAAAUAGACUUCAAUGUGCAUGUGAGUUUGCUCAUGAACCGAAGCGUGCAGCAAUCAACUGGGUCCCAAAAUGGUUGGAAAUCAGUAAAUUAUUGCAGACGUGGCAAAAGCUGUGGUGCACAGCAGGAACUUAUCUGACCAUAUAUACUUGAAUGAAUUCUAAGGAAGGCAGCUGAUGCAUUCUGGGAUGGAGAAAUUCUUGGAGAACCAUAUGUACGCAACUCAUGCGGUUGCUGCCGCUGCUUCUGUAACUUUCGGCACGGCGGUUACCUACCCUCUCGACACUGUCAAGACCCUCAUUCAGGUUGGCUCUGGUCCUGGUAAACAAUUAACCCCAACUCGGGCCCUAGAAACUGUUCGUGCUUUAUCAGGAACUUCAGGUCUAUACAGCGGCUUUUGUUGCCUAGCAGUUGGGAGAACUUUAGGUCUCGGAGCUCGCUUUGGUGUUUAUGAACUUCUGACAGCUUUCUGCAAAGAUGGUCGGGAAGACAAUUAUGUUUAUGUGAAUGAAGCUCUCAUGGCUGGUUUUGUUGCUGGGGCAACAGAGUCACUUGUGAGUUCCCCAUUCGAGCUCAUCAAACUUCGUGCACAGGUGACAUCUGCUUCUCAUGUCCCGUCUUCUACACCCAGUGCAAAAGCUGCCUCACCUUUCAUUGAGAGGCUAUUACGAGGGUAUUCUCCAAACAAGAGUGUCUUGAAUGACUAUGUCAGCCUUUUGUCCACUUUAAACUCCAAGCAUCCUAAUAUGGUUGGGGCCUUGCAAGAGUACCCGUGGAUGAUGACUGGGUCGGGUAAGCCACCUUCUGUCUGCGAUGUGAAGAGGCCAUUGGACAUUGUUUCCCUGGAAGGGUGGAAGGCUUUAUGGAGAGGAUUUCGAUCUGGGGUAGUUCGAGAUUCCUUCUUUGGUGGAUUAUUCUUUUCCACUUGGCAGUUUUUGCACCAGGCCAUGCUUGAUUGGAAAGCUGUUGGAAUGGAUCCUCCACCAAGGUCCAAUGAAGAAGUUGGUCCCUUGUCCCCAGUAGCUGUUAGUCUUGCAGCUGGGUUUUCCGGUGUGGUUGCUGCUGCUGCUUCCCAUUGUUUUGACACAGCCAAAUCUCGAUCACAGUGUACAGUCAUACCCAAGUAUGUCGCCAUGGAGAGACGGCUUCUCAAGUGGAGUAGACCUGGUAACAGGUUUGAGAGAUACACAGGGAUCCACCCUGCUGACAGGAUUAUCCUGUUCCAUGGAAUAUGGCCACGGAUGGCUCGGAGUGGUAUAUCUUCGUUCUUGAUUGUGGGAGGUUAUUACUUGUUUAUUGAUCAACUUGUCUCGGGCUGAAUGAGAAAGGAAGGCCAAGUUAAUUGGAGGUCCGAGAUAUUUAUGGAUUAGAAUGAAGGGUGCCUACCAAGAGAGCCCAUCAUCAUGGAGGAAAUGGAUUUGCUUGGGGUGCAUGUGGCAGAGGAGGUGGAGGAUUUAUUUUCUAUGGCUGCUAAAUUUACUUGGAGAUCAACGAUGCGAUAUUCUAGUGUUAUCUCGUCUUAUCUUUGAUUUUAGGAAGUCAAAUAAGUCGGAUGUUUCUCCGAUAAUUUAGAUUUGCUAGGAGUCAAUUUACGGAUGUUAUCUCGAUAUUGUAUAUUUUGGCGUAUCCGAUUACGAUAUAUUUAUAGGAUUUCAUUGCACACGCCUAUAUAUACGUGUCGUCAAGUUCGUUGUACGCUCUCCACACAUCAAUUAAUCAAACUUGUACUUUUCCUAUC